UCAGGGCUCUCAAAGCCGACGGAUAUUCAUCAUCAGAGUUUCCGCCACAAUUGUUCCGGCUGUCAGUUUGUUUCCGGACGGACUAAUAAUAAUGUAACACAGUGUGCCUCACAAACAUCCGCUGUGGCAGCAGGAUUAUGAAAGCAUGAUUAGGGGAUCUCUGAGUUCCUGAUCCAGUCUACAGCUCUCAGAUGGCGCCCAUGUUUGGAUGGCGUAUCUAGCUCCUCGGUUAGGUCGCUCUCGGAUCUUCCUGCCCGGUGUGUCCGCUUUCAGACUGCUGUUUUCGGCUAGAAUGGAUGAGAUGGGCUCGGUGGUGAGUCGGUCUCCCCUGGAGAGGCUGGACUUCGAUAACCUGGCCCUGAGGAGACUCCCCAUGGACCCGUCAGAGGAUCCCGGGGUUCGGCAGGUUAAAGGGGCGUGUUUCUCCCGGGUGAAGCCUCAGCCUUUGACACGGCCUCGGUUCGUCGCGGUGUCCGAUCAAGCCCUGGCUCUGCUCGGGCUCAGCGGGGAGGAGGUGAUGGAGGACCCGCUGGGUCCGGAGUACCUCAGCGGGUCCAGAGUCAUGCCUGGGUCCGAGCCCGCCGCCCACUGCUACUGCGGCCAUCAGUUCGGACAGUUCGCCGGGCAGCUCGGGGACGGAGCCGCCUGCUACCUGGGAGAGCUGAAGGUCCCACCCGAACAGGAUUCCGAACUGCUCCGAGAAAACCCGAGCGGCCGCUGGGAGAUCCAGGUGAAAGGAGCCGGACUGACUCCUUACUCCAGACAGGCGGAUGGCCGUAAGGUUCUGCGCUCCAGUAUCAGGGAGUUCCUCUGCAGCGAGGUCAUGUUCUUCCUGGGGAUUCCCACCACCAGAGCUGGCUCUGUUGUGACGUCUGACAGCCAGGUGAUACGAGACGUGUACUACAGCGGUAAUCCUCGCCAUGAGAGGUGCUCUGUGGUCCUCCGUAUCGCCCCCACCUUUCUCAGGUUUGGAUCUUUCGAGAUCUUCAAGCAGGCUGACGAUUUCACGGGCCGCCAGGGUCCGAGCUACGGACGGGACGAGAUCAGAGGUCAGAUGAUGGAUUAUGUCAUCGAGGUGUUUUACCCCGAGAUCCAGCAGAACUACCCGGACCGAGUGGAGAGGAACGUGGCUUUCUUCAGAGAGGUGGUGCUGCGUACGGCUCGGCUCGUGGCUCAGUGGCAGUGUGUCGGCUUCUGUCACGGCGUCCUGAACACGGACAACAUGAGCAUCCUGGGACUCACGCUGGACUACGGUCCCUACGGCUUCAUGGACAGGUUUGAUCCAGACUUCAUCUGCAACGCCUCCGAUAACUCGGGCCGGUACUCAUACCAGGCCCAGCCAGCCGUCUGCAGGUGGAACCUGGUGAAGCUGGCCGAGGCCCUGGCUCCAGAGCUGCCGGCCGACCGAGCCGAGGCGGUGAUAGACGAGUACAUGGGCCUUUACAACGGCUUCUACAUGCAGAACAUGAGGAGGAAGCUGGGCCUGCUGAAGAAGGAGGAGCCUGAGGACGAGAUCCUGGUCACGGAGCUGCUGAGGACCAUGCACAACACAGGUGCCGACUUCACCAACACUUUCCGCAGCCUGAGUCAGAUCUCCUGCUCCACAGAGGGCGACGGUGGUGACGAAGAGGAAGAAAGGGAAGUGAAGAAGGCUACAGAGCUGCUGCUGCAGCAGUGUGCCUCCUUAGAGGAGCUCAAAGCUGCCAACAAACCCAGCAUGGAUCCACGGGAGUUGGCCAUGCUGCUGUCGAUGGCUCAGAGCAACCCAACGCUGUUCCAGAUGAUCUCAGACCGGGCCACGAUAGCGAGGCAGUUAGACAAACUGAGCAGACUCAGAGACCUGAUGGAGACGAACCAGGAGGAGCUGGGCGCCAAACACGCCGAGGAGUGGAGCCGCUGGAUCAGACGAUACCGGACGCGUCUGUCUCAGGAGCUGGAAGGAGCCUGCGAUGUUCAGGCAGUGCAGGAGGAGAGGGUGAGGGUGAUGGACGGCACCAACCCUCGGGUGGUGCUCAGGAACUACAUCGCCCAGAACGCCAUCGAGGCUGCAGAGAGCGGAGACUUCUCUGAGGUCCAGCGGGUCCUCACAGUCCUGAAGAAACCGUUCUCCUCACAGCCGGGUCUGGAGCUUCCCUCGUGGACAGGUGGGGCGAGCGAGCAGGGAGAGAGGGAUGAAGGAGAGGAGGCGCAGCAGGAGGCAGCGUCUUCAUCCAACGCCAGAAAUCCGGUCCCCUACGAUAGCAAGCCCCCCGCCUGGGCCAGCCAGAUCUGUGUGACAUGAUCUUCGUAAUCGCCCCCCUGGUGGCCGCCUGCCUCAGCGAUGAGGGUUGUUCCUUUAGCUCAUAUUUUUAUAACUUUACAUGCAAACGAACAGCUCUCUAUCUCUGUAGCGGGCAGCGUCAGGGGGGUUAAGAGGAGGUAGGACACCCCCGAGGCUAACAAGCUGAGACUGGACGGACAGGGAGGGAGCUGAGGUCGCUUAGAUCCAUGGGGUUUGGUUUUAAAGUAGGGCUGUCAGCGUUAACACAAAUCUAAAAGGGACACAUACGUGAAUUUGAUCAGAUGAAUCUCAUACCAUUUCAUCUCUUAAUGCACCAUAAUCAGGCUCCUAAAAUAUGGUCAGCUUUGCUCCUUCAUGUCUCAUUUCUUUUAAACUCACAGACAGCUCAGAGGAUUUAAGAGGAAAGAUUGUUUGAAGUUGUCCUCAGGUCUGUGGUCCCCCCUGUUUUAAGAAUCCUCUAAGAUUUGAUGAUCGUUGAGCACGUGGCCUUAAAGUCAACAUAAAUCUGUUUGACUCCAUCUGACUCUCUAACCCAGUGGUCCUCAACCUUUUCAGCCCACAACCCACAAAAUAAAGGUGCCAGAGACCGAGGACCCCCGCUGUACCUGAAGUUAGCUGAACACAGCCAUGAAUAUUCAAGAAUAGUCAUGAGGAGACAAGGCCAACCAAUAGGGGGGAUAAAAAUGGGAGAGCUUUCUGGGACCCAGCCAAACUGGGGGUCCAUGGAGGUCAGCAAAACCAUGGUCCAAGGUGAAGUGAAGCUGUUACAUCCAUAUUUUAUAUUUAAAAGGGUUUAAAAAUUGCUACAAUGGGUUAAAAAGGGAAAAAAUGGUGGAAAAGGUGGUGAAGUUGGAUUUAAAAGUAGCAGAAAUGGUUUAGAAGUGGCAAAAAUU